AACACCGUAAAGUUUAGAAGGGAGGCAACUUUGAAAUUCGAUACAUUUGCUUCCGGGUUUUAAAAGGCGUGGCAUUAUCUUCCACUCUGUCGCUUAGUCAGGGAGAGAUUAUUUGUAUUUUCUUGUCGGAACAUAUUUGGCUAAAAUGAGUACAUCAGCUGAGUUUGAGAACCCCGAAGUAUUCAAAGAAGCACAGGCCUCUGUUAGGAAUGACUCUUCGGAGGACAUGUUUGUGAUUGUGUCGCACGUGGACAAUGAUCCUGCAAAACUUCAGGUGUUAAAGGUCGGACAGAAUGUGGAAGAAAUUAGAGAUUACAUGGACAGUCAACAGGUCAUGUACGUUCUGGCCCGAUACAAGAGCACCUAUGACAUGUCAACCACGGUCAAGUUUGUGUACUUCAGAUGGUUAGGUGAAGAUGUUGCGUUUACUAAGAAAGGCAAGUUUGCUGUUGUCCACGGCAGCGUUCGGGAGCGAUUCAAUCCAUACCAUCUUUCCAUUGAGACAGGGUCUGUGGACGAUUUUCAAGAGGAGAAAAUACAACAACAGCUAGAAGAAAACACAGGAAAGAAAUCCAAGGUUCUAGAGUCGACAGAAGGCCAUCAAAUGAGAGGAUUUACUGCAACAGAACUGCCAAAACGAGGCCCCGCACCUAAAUCUGGUCCCCAGGUGUCAAGCCAGGGGGCAGUAAUUGACAUCGAGGAGGAUGUUUUGGAGGCCAUCGCACAGGUGCGGUCCGACGAAAACCCCACCAAGUGGAUGGUCGCAGAAUACCAGGCUGGAAGUCCGAAGGGUCCGCUUGUGUUGACAGGAAGCGGGGAAGGCGAUAGCGGGGAAAUUCUCGAAGUUCUAGCAGAAGACAAACCCAUGUAUGCCCUAUACAGGACAACAGAUGUGGUUGAUGCUAUUACUAUCGUGAAGUUUGUGUAUAUAACCUGGGUAGGCAAUGCAGUUAAACCGAUGACAAAAGCAAAAAUCUCCACACAUAAAGGCUCCCUAGAAAAGGCUUUCGGACCAUUCCAUGUUGCUAUUUUUGCAUCAGAUGAGUCAGAAAUAUCGGAAAAGGCCAUUGUUGAAAAGGUUUCUUCGGCGUCCGGGACAAAGUCGUUUGUUAAGUGAAUCUGGUGUGAUCAUUGACAUGGAAACUGACGGGUUACUAUGGAAACUGACUGAUUACAAUUAAAACUGACUACUUACUGGUUACUUCGGAAAAUGACUGGUUACUAUUUAAACUGACUUGUGACUGGUUACUAUGGAAACAGACUGGUUACUUUUGAAACUGACUGGUUACUAUUGACACUGACUACUUACUGGUUACUAUGGAAACUGACUGGUUGCUUUAGAAACAAAAUCUUCAUCUUAAAUAAGUGUACUAGAGUCUCUUUGUCUCAUUUUUGUCAAAUUACCUCAUAUUCUAUGCCAAAAAAAUGUAUUCACUAUAUAAAGGGGUUCUUCUUAAAACUUCUUUAGUCUUUCCUAACUUAAGUCAGUUUCUUAAAGUUUUCAUAGUCAAAUUAAAGGAAAUGUAUGUGGGGUUUUUACAUCAACAUAUUUUUUUUUAAAUAAUGGUCAAUGAAAAUAAUGUAUUUUGUAAAUUCUUUAUUUUUUACUUCAUAUUACUAAAAAGAUACUAAAAGUAGGAAAGCGAUUUACAGCUGCACUCUCACAGAUUGAAUGUUUUGACAACUUCUUUUUUUUUUGUCUUGGAACGAGCCAAUUUUUGCGAAAAUUCAUGGUAACCAGUUACAUAAGACUGCCGACAAAAAAUUGAUCUCAGAUUUUUAUAUUUAAGUUCAAAAAAAAUUAUGCAUUUUUCUUAAACCGUAAGUAACGGUUUCUUAAACCAUUAGUAACGGUUUAAGCCAUAAAACAUUAAUUUUCGAAUGGAAAUAUGAAAAUCUAUGAUCUGAUUUUUUGUUAGCAAUCAUAAAUCAUUGGUUAGCAGAUAUUUACACAAAAAUUUGCCUUUUCUAAGGCAAAAAAUAAAAAUGUUGUAAAAGUAGUAUAUCUGUGAGAGUGCAGCUUUAAGUUAGGAAAUCACUUACCCCAUUAAAAAGAAGUUUUAUGAAUACCACCUAUGAAGUUUACAGUUAAUCCUAAAAUCAGGAUAGAAGGCUUUAAACUACGGACCACUGUACAGUUGUAAAGAUUAUGUUUUGCUUGGACAUUUGCAUAAGAGGCUAUUCCAGUAAAACAUAAAACCGACGUGGGUGGGGGGAAGGCAAUUAUUUAAAUAUUAUUAUGGGUGGGUGUCUGUUUUGGCUUAUUAGGACCCUUAAAGGGUGAAUUUGCUUCUGUAGGGGGGUGGUAUAUAAUUUUAAAAGUGCCUUCCCCCCGAGGAUUAUAUUUUUAAAUGGAAUAGCCCUAAGAAAAUUAAGGAAGUACCUUGAAAUAGAUAUAAAUGAAUUUGGAAACAAUUUGAAAAGGGUCUUAGAGCCUCUUUAUUAUGUUGAGGGACAGUUAACUUGUACUUUAAUAUGCUAUUAUCAUUGUCUUGAAAAUUUUAAUAUAAUGUAUAACAUUGGCUGUUUCUCUUCAGACAGGCAAAUUAAUAGUAUUUCUUGCAUGCAUGUGCAAUAGUGUGAACUAGAGUCAGCAAUAUUUUGGUGCACUAGAUUAUAAACAGGGUUAACGUCAGUUUACCGGUACUUAAUUUAAAAUUACAUUUUAUUAAAGGGACUAGACACCAGAUGAUACAACUGCAAGGAAAAAUGAAAAUUGUCAAAAACUUAUGUAAAAAUGAAUCUUACUUACUGAUGUACACAUCGCUUAUGGCACUUGUUUCUUUUAAAGUUUUUGAGAAUCUUUCAAAAUUGGAAAUUUACUGGGUUUGUCUACCACUUAGUUACCAGUAAAUUUAAAAAUAGCGUCUGUAUAUGUUUCUGUACUAAUCACUUUACUUUCACAAGCUAAAUUUACACACUAUAAAUUAGGAAACCAAUAUGUGCUAUUUUUAACCACGUUAACUCAGCUGAGACAAAUUUUUCAAUAUUCUCUUAAUCAUGUAAAUUGAUGUAUUAUAUGCCUCAUUCUAAGUCAUAUGGACAAUUAUAGGCUUGUUUUGAGGAAAUACUGCAUUUUCCCAUUUUUGGACCAUCUGGUGUCUAGUCCCUUUUAAGACUUGACAAGUGUUGUAAAUGUCCGAUUUAGAUGUGUGGCAGGGUGAACAGAUUUCAUAUCAAAUUUAAGAGAAAAACAAAGGUUAGAACAUUAUCAGACUUAGGCAUUGUUAACAUCUUUGUUGUUAAUUUUCAAAUUUUAACUGUUCUGGAAGUUUAAUGGAUACCGGUACUGUGACCUUGUGAUCUGCUGUAUUUUCUAUCACGAUUUGAGGAAAUUUUAUAGGUGUGUUUGUUCAUAUUUUAACAUACCAGUACAUCAUGAAAAAAUUCACAUUUAAAAGUUAACAACAAUGUAGCAUGUUGUUAACUUUAACAAAGUUCUGAACAAUCUGCCCUUAGAGUUAUAAUUUACAGUGUUAUUUAAAUGAACACAAGUCCAUAGGCCGAUGCAAUGUUAGCAAAAUGUUCCGAAGCUUUUUCAAUGUUAAGAUGUUGUAAAUCAGGACCUAGUCUCACUCUGUUUCAAUUUUUCAAAGGGCGAAUAUUUUGUAAAGCAUAAUUUUGAGGGCUUCUUCACCUUUUGUUUUACAUGUUGUUGACUAAUAUUCAAUACAGUGUUUGCAAAAUCCGUCAGAUCAUGCUUGACUAGCCAAGUCUGGUAAAGUUUGAGUGGGUGGGGUAAAAAAAUAUGCCAAAUUUACUAUGAAAACUUACUAUAAUUAGGGAAAACAUCAUUAAAGAGCUUAAGAAUCAAAUUGUCUAUAAGACUGAACACAUCGCAUUGGCUGGAACUGACAUGUGAAAUCAUUUUAGACACAAAAAAAACAAAAAAGUUAUUUCUGGAAAAAAGCUUGAAUUUUUUGGAUAUGUCUGAAUUUCUGCUUUUGUUGUUAAUGUGCCUUUGUUAAUAUAAUUUGAUGUACAUGUACCAUAUUACUGCAUUAAAUAAAUAUGCUUUGAACAAUGUGUAGAUGGUAGUAGCUUUCUAUGUUUACACUCAUAAUUUAAGUCAUUAAAAUAAUAUGCAUUUUAGGUAAUUAGAUUGAAAACAUAAUAUUCAAAUCCAAUUUCAUGAACAUCGCUUUGGUGCACUUUGGAUACAGAAACAAAAUGGCCCAAAGUGCAAUAACCCAAUAGCUCCAUAUAGAAACAGAAGCACAAAUUGAGUUCUUGCAUUAUUGGGACUAAAAGUCAUAUUAAAUGAAGUAACCAUUUUAGAUUCAGUCUUCAGAAAUUAAAAAAUCUUUUUUCAGAAUUAUAUCAUAUCUUUGUUAUGAGUUGUUGAAAGUAAUAUGUAUUUGAAAUAAUUUGUUCACAUAAUUGUUUUUCAUACCAUUAUGAGUAGAUUUCAAGUUAUAAGUUUUUAAGCACUAUGUUUUUAUUUUGAAAGACUAGCUCAGCAUUGUUCACACAAUCUUAUGACCAUGAGAUGAUAUAUGUAUGAGAUAUAAUAUAAAGACAGCUCAAUGUAGUAGCAUUAUGUAAUAGUCGCUGUGUACACCCAUUAGCGGAGGUUUUGGAAUUAUUCAUGAUCGCUUCUGGGAGACUGUAUUAUUUCAGUGAUGAGAAAAAUGGGUCAUUAAGUAUUAACUGUUUUGUACCAUUUUAUAAAAGGACAUAAUGUUCAAUAACCCGAGUGUGUAUAAGUGAUUCACCCAUAAUCUGAGUUUUUGGAAUUAUUCACGAUCGCCUCUGCAAGGGCGUAUAAUUUCAAUGAUAAGAAAAAUGGAUGAAGUAGCUGUUUUGUACAAUUUUGUAAAGGACAUUUUUCAAUAACUACUGUGUGCAUAAGUGUAUUAAGUUGUUUAACUUAUCCACAUGUUUCAAGACUUAUUGUACAUUUUAGCUCCGCCUUCUUUUUACUGUUCUGAUAUGGGAAUUAAUGUAUAGACAAAAAUACAACAUGGUACAAUGUGUGUUAUGAAGUAGAUAUUUUAAGACUGAUAAAAAAUGUAAACCAUAAUUAUAUUAAACUGCAUUAUCUUUGUUUUAAUUCAGUAUGAUCAUUAUUAUUCUAAGAAUUCAUGUAAUACCGUUUAUAAUAGCAUACUUUGGAUUGUUUUUAGUGAUCAAAUUGUUAAGGGUUGAUCACCUGAUAAAUUACUGGGAGAUUUAAAACAUUAAAAGUGCUUAUAUAUGUGCCUUUAUAUACUGUCUAGUCAUAAUUUAGCUUGUCAAGUUUAUAAAAAGAGAAAGAGUUGAUGUAUUGUCAUAUCCCUGGCAACUUUUUUAUUGGCAUUAACUCAUGUUAAACUUUGUUUGCCGGCGUACCCAUAUUUGACCUUUAUUGCUGGCAUACCCAUUUAUAACCUUUUUUGUCUGCAUACCCAUAUUUAACCCUGCAAAACUCCAAAACCUAAAAGAUAUUCCAAAUUGAAUGUUUAAACUUGCUACAAGUGUUGCCAGAUAAAAUACACACUCAUACUGAAAGGCAGAUAACUCCCUCUUUACUAAUUGUCGAGUUAUGCCCCUUUUUAUAUUAAAAAUCACCAACAUAGUUAAAAGUUGAUGGUUGCUUGCUUCCCGGCGCUUUUGUAUAUCAUAGGCCUUAUUUAUUACAAUUAAAGCACAUUAAAGGCAACCAUCCCUGAGAGAAAUUUUAAUUCUGUAUAUAAAUAAAUGGACAUUUGAACAAAGUGUUAGAUGCACGUGUUCUUAUUUGUAGUGUUGGGAAUCGGUUCCAGUUCGACUAUCGAUAAUGGGUUCCCCUCAAGUUACCAAUUAUCGAUAGUACAAUCGUUUUUUUUACACCUUUGGAUACCUUAAUUGUAGUUUUAUUAUUGUUUAAUAACUCUUAAUGCUUAUGUUAUGUGCAUGUCUGAAAUUAUUUAGUGCUGUUGUUGCUUUUGGCCAUAUUGUCAACAAUAACAACUAAACCCUUCUGAAUGUAAAAAAUGUACUCAAAGGAGAAAACUUACGGUAAUUAACUGUAAGGAAAAAAAACGUUUAUUGAAACGGCCCCCCAGGGCACAAAUUCCGUGCCACAACAGGGUUAUUUGCCUUUAAACACUCGCCAGUUGUCCUGCAAAGAAAUCAAAUUUCAUAUCAGCUUGUACACCUUAAAAUUAUAUUAAUGAAAUGUAUGUGUUCAAAUGACAUGGCGCCAUUGUAUUUAAACGCAUUUAAAAUAGUUAUACUUAUAUGAACAAAAUUGCGUGUUAACAAACUUGUGCAUGUGUUAUGAUAAGAUCAAAAUUGUAUUACAAAAACAUGAUCCAUUUGUUGGUUAUGGUUAAACGUUUGUUAUCAGUUUUGUUGUUGAUUGUUAACUGUUGUAAUAAACGUUCCAAUUUUUUUCGAGUGGUAACAUCCACGGUUAAAUUCUAUAAUAAUUGUUUAUGUAUUAAUUGAAUAGUUGAAUUUAAUUUCAAUUCUAUGAAAAGACUUGAUUGGACAGGGUUGGUAUCGCAAACAAAUCAAUCCUGACUUUAAAUUUGAUUAGUUUUUUUAGCAAAUCUUUGAAUGAAGGGAUUACAAAAGUUGCAAUGAUAAUAUAUAAGAAAUAAUCAUUAAAACAAAAUUAAUUCGGGCAAAACAGCUAAAAAAGAUUUUUCCCAUAGAAAAUAAAACCUUUUACCCCGUGACUCGCCAAAUUUAAAACAACUCUUUGGAUAUGAUAUGAAUCUAAACAACUUUUAUUAAAGCUGCACUCUCACAGAUUUACCCUUUUUACAACUUUUGUAUUUUUUGUCUUGGAAAUGGCAAAUUUUUGCGUAAAUAUCUCCAAACCAAUGAUAUAAGAUUGCUGACAAAAGAUCAGAUCGCAGAUUUCCGAUCGUAAAUUAAUGUUUUAUGGCUUAAACCGUUACUAACGGCUAAAGAAAAAUGCAUAAAACUGAUUGAACUUAAAUGUAAAAAUCUGCGAUCUUUUGUCAGCAGUCUUAUAUAACUGGUUUCCAUGGAUUUUCUCGUUCGAAGACAAAAAAUAAAAAAAGUUGUUAAAACGUUCAAUCUGUGAGAGUGCAGCUUUAACAAUCAUUUUGCCCCUUUUUAACUAUGAAGUGGACUUUAAAUCUGAUGAAUGUUUUAAUCAAAGUGUUAUGUUGAUAUUGUUUUGCUUUGUGAAUGUUAAUUUUUUUUAUAUUUGUCAGAAUUAUGACUUGAUGUGUAACAUCUUUGUUUUAUGGUUUUUUUCUCUCUGAAUAUUUUUAUUAGACCAGCUUUUUGUGUAUUUCUUCGCAUAUGACGUACAAACAAAUUGAACAAUAAUAUUGUAAUUAGAGGAUAUUAGAAUUAUGGUCAUUCAAUGCAGCAUUUAUUAAACAAGUUUGUAUUGAAUGACCACAAUAUUUAAUGAUAUUCUAUUAACAUCGUAUUGUCACCCUAGUGCAACAACACAAUAACUGCAAAUAGAAAUAGAGGCAGAUAUUGAGUUCUUGCAUUAAGGAAAAAUAUUAUGUACCAAGUUGAUUAUUUACAGCGCUAAAUACAUAAAACAGCACUUAAUAAUGAGUGCACAGUCAUUUUCAAUGCCAUAAAACCGUCAAACGUUAUAACACUAAGUUGUGGAUCAAAACUAUAUAUUGACGUUAUUUUAUGAUGUUUAUGUACAAGAUCUGAUUGAUGGAAUUUUGUUUUUUGUCCGUUAUAAUUAAUGUUGGUUACCGUAUAUUUAACCGACUACACUUGAUCUAUUACCAGGGGCCAUGAUUACGAAACGGUCUCAAGUCCAAGUCUCAGACUCAGAAAAACAUUUUUAUUAAAUUUGUAAUAAAGAAUCAUUUUUAUUCCAUUGAAUAUCGUUUACAAAAAUAAAUGUAAAUGUACAAUUUUGAAUAGUAAUAAAAUUCGGCAAUUGUCAUAAUCAAAACUCAACUAGAAAGAUAGUUACAAUGUGGUAAAGAUUUGCAAUAUUGCCACUUGAGCGUACACUUAAAGCUGCACUCUCACAGAUAGAAAGUUUUGACAACUUUUUUUUUUUUUGUCUUGGAACCAUUCAAUUUUUGCGAAAAUCCAUAGAAACCAGUUAUAUAAGACUGCUGACAAAAACUUAGAUCGCAGAUCUUUAUAAUUUAUAUAAGUUCAAAAAAUGAUGUUUUAUGGAAUUUUAUUAAACUGUUAGGAAUGGUUUAAGCCAUAAAACAUUAAUUUUUGAACGGAUUAAUAUGAAAAUCUAUGAUCUGCUUUUUUGUCAGCAAUCUUAUAUCAUUGGUUUGCAGAUAUUUACGCAAAAAUUUGCUCUUCCCAAGACAAAGAAUAAAAAAAAGUGGUAAAAACGGUAAAUCUGUGCGAGUGCAGCUUUUAGACUUGAAACUGUUUGUAAUCGUGGCCUCAGAGCUGUUAUCCAACAAAAAACCUUUCCAGUUUAUUUUUUGAACAACAAAACACAUGACUUUGUAUUGUAAUUUAUUACUAUUCCAGCUGUCUUGCCCUAUGUAUUAUGUUGUACGUUGUAUAUUCCGUACAGUCGUGUAUUGUCUAAAAUGUUGGGACCAACCUGAUCUGAAUUUGUGAUGUAUACAUUUUGUAUUCAAGAUCUGUAGACCAAAAUUAGCUUUUUACAACAAGAUUAGCUUUUUACAAUUACAAUCUCUGAUUUAUAUUUUGUUCUUAUUUUUAUAUUGUGAAGAAUUAAAAUUUUAAACUGUG